UAUGUAAAAGUGACAAACGGUCAGUCCGUGUUGAUUUAAUUAGAAUAAGAAAUGGUUAGCUAUCAAUUUGAGUCUAAUCUAGUCCAAAGAACAGAUGAUAUGGUUUGUGAAAACCCUGGCCCUGACAUGAAAACUCAAACAGUAAAGGAAGAACUUAGGCAAGAUUGUAUUAAAUGUGAAGUGACUUAUGGUGAAAUAGCGGGCCUACAAGAAUAUAUUAUUUCCAAUGACGUAAAAAUUAAAGAAGAAGGUACUGAAUAUAAUUAUAUAAAAGAGGAACAUUGUUAUAGUCUAGGAUUUUGGUCCUCAAAUACAGAUUUUGCCGAAUUUGAAACGGGGAACAUAAAAACUGAGGAUGAUAUUUUAUAUGACAACGACGUGAAUCAGGAAAUUAAGGAAGAAUCAAUUGAUGAAGAAGUCAGUUUGUGCUCAGACAAUGAAAACAAUGUUGAGUAUUUUGAAUGUGAUUCGAUAGAAUUCAGAAAAGGUGAAAACUUGUUUACUGAUAACUCUGACCAGGAUCGCUCCAAAGAGUUUCAGAAUAACUUUGCACUCAUACAUUCAAAUUUUCAAAGGAAGAAUUAUUUACUUCCUGAUAACAGCGACACAGACAUUAAAGUAGAGGUGGUGAAAGAAGAGCUUCGAGAAGACUGCAACGAGAAUGUGAAAGCUACAUUAGUAUCGUCACAGGAUGAAGACUAUGGUGACAAUGUUGAACAGUGCUGCGAAGCUUCUAAGAAAGAUUUUGAGAGCGAUGAAAGAAUAUCUACAGAGGAAAAACUGAUUAAGUGUAAUGUAUGCUCCAGAUCUUUCACCCGACUUAGGUUCCUGAAAACUCAUGAGAAAACCCAUAAGAAACACAGGUCAAAUACUUCUACUAAAAAGAAAAAAUAUUUUACGAACAUAUCUUCUUUGGUUGUGCACUUCAGAAUUCACACAGGCGAAAAACCAUAUAAGUGCAACAUUCAUCACGCGAAAAACCUCAUUGAUGUAAAAUAUGUUCAGUCUUCUUCCAGUAAGCUGGAAGCAUUCACAGGGAAAAAAUAA